UUACAAUAAUCCACAAUAUCAGCCGGAGAGGAAAACAAACCAUUUUUAUUUAUUUAUUUUCCCCAUCAUUCCUCGUCUUGGAAGUCGUCAAGCAUUUGAUUAAGCAUACGAACAUGGCGAGUCCAACGGACGGUGACUGCCUCAAUGAUCCCAACUUCGCUGUUAUCUGUUCCUUUAUAGACAAAUUUGGGGAUAAACUAAUACUUCCAGAGAUAUCAUUCGAGGAUCUACAGGAAUCCAUUGAAAACACCAAGGCAGCUUCUGACCUUCUUAUUGAUCUGCAUGUUCACUUACUCCGACGUAUUGGUAAGAAGGUAAACACAGAAAAAUGGCAACGCAGCAUAAUAAAGUUUUGCCAUUACUUUGAUAAUGCUGAUGCAUGGGAAAUUGAACAAAAUGGUUAUGAAAAUGUCAAAGUCAGCACCAAAUUAAAAAUCUUAAAGAAUCUGCUAGAAACUCAGUUUGAUUUGAACUUGAAGUUUCGUGAAAAGAUCAGUGAUUUUGAACCUAAUCAGCUCCGCUGCCAACCUCUUGGUCGAGAUAUAAAUGGAGGCUCCUAUUGGUAUUUAAUUGACAAAGAAUUAAAUCUGCGUAUUUAUCGUGAAGAUCACCCAACCAUAAAAGAAGAGGAUGAAGUCUGGAGAGUCAUAUGCAAGGAUCGCGAUGAUCUUGCUGGUUUGGUUGCUAUCUUGGAUUCUGAGAUAAAUUCCAAUAAAGAACAGACUGAAACUGAAGAUAAAGAUGAAACCAAAGAAAUGGAAACUUCUGAAUCUCAGGUGAAACCUGAAAUAAAACAACCUCUCUCAGUAGACGAGUUGCUGGAUUCUACAGUGAAAAAACCAGAGCAUUUUAAAGUUAACCCAAUUAUUAUCAAGUCCGAAGGAGACGGCAGUCACGGAAAGAAAAAGUAUGAAAUCAGCGAAAAGGUUAGGGAUGCGACAGAGGAAUGCAAAGUUCUUGUGAAACCUUUGGCAGAAGGCAGCUAUGUGAAAGUGGAGCCUCCCGAUGAUGGAUUUUACAAAAUAUCCAAGCCCACUACCUCCACCACCACCUCUGCUGCUGACAAGAAAGACUCGGAGAUCCGUAAAAUAAAUGACGGUUGCCGAGAUAUCAAAAUUGUGCUCAAAAAGGAUGAGGCACACACUAUUAAUAGUGAUGACAGCUGUGAAGCAAAAAAACCACCUGUGGUAAACAAAGAUCGCGUCUCUGUAGAUACUUCAGGUGUCACGGAAAAGCUGGCUGAUAGCAAGCGGGAUGAUGAAGCAGAGAAGUCCAAAGAUGAAGGUGAUAAGAAGGACAUUGUUAGCAAGGUGACAGAAGAAGAUGUUGAAGGAAAAGAUGAGUCCAAGGGCUUUGAUAGUAAGGAGGAGUGUGUUGCCGGUGAGGCAAAGGGGGACAAGCUGAAAGAGAAGCAUGUAAAGGAUGUUGUUGCUAAGGUGGGCGAAGAGGAAAUGGCCAAAACAAUUAGCGGAGCAAAAGAUGAUGCUUUGCAAGCGAAAGAAGCUAAAGGGGAGAGGUCGGAGGCGGAGGCGAAGGCAGUUAAAAGCACAGGAGAGGAGAAAAGUGAUGCCAGUGCAGAGGUGAAAGAUCAAAGGUCAGAACAGAAGACAAAAGAGAAGGAAGGCAAGAUGGGAGGGGAUAAGGUACAAGAGAAGAAAGAUUCUGUUGAAAGUAAAGUGAAAAGUGAGAAGUUGCAGGAUUGUAAGGAUAAAGAGAUUAAAGGUGGGAAGCCAAACGAUGAUAAAGAAGUGAAGGUGAAAGGUGAAGAGUUGGUAGAAAAGAAGGAUAAAGAUGUGAAUAAGAUUGAGGUGAAAGGUGAAGAGAAGAAAGAGAAAGAUGUGACAAAACUUGGUAGCAAAGGAGAGAAGUUACAAGACGAUAAAGACGCAGAUAAAACUGAGGCGAAAGGGGAAAAGUCCCAAAAAAAGAAAGAGAAAAGUGAGGACGGGAGUGAAAUGUCACAGGAUAAGAAAGAAAAAGGGUCUGUUGAAAUUAAGGUCAAAGGUGACCAGUCACAGGAAGGAAAAGAUAAGGACAGGAGUAAGGGCGAGGCAAAGGACGAAGAGUCAAAGAGAAACAAUGAUAAGGAUUCAACUAAAAUUGAGGUCAGAGGUGAACUGUCACAAAGUAAGAAGGAUAAAGAGAGUAUUGCUGAAGAAAGCAAAUCAUCAGAGCAACAGCAGCAGGAGAAGAAGGACAAGCUUGGCAUUGAGGCCAAAGCUGAGAAGCGGAAGCUGUCCAGCUGUGAGGAGCCUGGGGUGGAGAGUAAAAGCCGGAGAGAAUGUAGUAAAAGUGGGUCUUCUGACUCUAGUACUACAACUUCUAUUGGUGGUGGUGGUAGUAGUAGUAGUAGUAGUAGUAGCAGCAGUAGCAGUAGCAGUAGUAGCAGUGGCAGUUCUUCGUCUGCGAAAGUACCUGUCACCAUUAAUCUUGAUUCCGAGGAGAAACCAAUUAACUUUCGCCGAGAAAGUGUUAUAAAGAUUGGCAAAAGACUUGACAAAAUGACGCCCGAGGACACCCUCCCCUCGAAGAAACCUGGUGACAACAAGGAGAGCAGUUCAAGCACUUCCAAAGAACAGUCAGGUUCUAGCGGAAAGGAAUCAAAAGAUAUCGGUCAGUCCAAGCCCGUUGCUCCGAUAGAUCUGAGUAAUAAGAACAGAGACGGUGGUGGAAGCAUUGUCAGCUCAAGUUCCAGUUCAAGCCAGUUGCUUAAAAUUGCGGAUAAACUUCAUGCUAAGAAUUUGUGCAAACAGAAUGAAGGAAAGGAUGACAAUAAAACAGUUGUGAACAGUAGUAAAGAUGUUAGCAAAAAGGCGGAAGGCAAGGAUAUCGGUAAAGAAGAAAAGAAAGAAAAGCAGGAAUCUGGUUCUUUGUCUGAUACGAAAUCUGUCCAGGAACCAUCAAAAUCCACAGAGAGCCGACCACCAUCUGAUACAAAACAAAAGCAGCCUACUGAGAAAUCAAGUGAAACAUCAUCUUUAAAAUCAUCCGGUUCCAGUAGUGAUAAGAAUGUCAAAGAAAACAAGGAAUCCAGUAGUUCCAAGAAACUUUCCAAAGACAUAAGUGAGAAAGAUAAGUCAGCCUCUGAUGUGAGAAAAGACAGUUUGAAAUCUCAAAGUAAACCGAAAUCUGAUGAUAGUGGCAGUGAUGUUUCUAAGAAGUUAGAUGAAAAGAAGUUAGAGAAAGGGGAUGACGCAUCAAAGAAAGAGACGAGUGGCGCAGGAGAAGUAAAUGCGAAAUCCAAGAAAGACGACAACGCAUCCGGUUCUUCAAAUGACUCAAAUAUCCGUACUGAAUUAAAAACUAGCAAGAAGGGAGAAGAGAAACUGAAGACUAAGGCCGCUGAGGUUCCUAGUGACGAUGAAGACAGUUCAGAAGUGGUAGACAGUGCCAGCAAUUCAGAAAAGAAGACCUCUUCUGAAGACAAAAAUAAAGAGCCUGAAAAUAAAGAGAAUCUUAAAAGUAGUUGUUCAAAGCAAUCUGAGGAGAAAAAAGCGGAGAGCAUUCCCAAAUCUGAGGGGGCUGCCGAAUCAUCGAAAGAUAAGAAGUCAGUUGUCUCAGAAGUAUCCAACCAAAGUAAGGGCACAGAGAAAGAUGUCUCCGAAGAGAAAACUGAGAAAAAAGUUGCUAAAAGGAAGUUGUCCCUAAGUAAGCCAGAGUGUGGAGGAGAUGAGUUGGAUAAUCAAAAAGAAGACCCAGUUGACAAACUACAGAAAAGCAGUGAUUAUUUAGAUGAAGAUAAAGAGCAGCAGUUGGCAUCAUCAGCUAAAUGUGAUAGAACAAACGAGAAAUCUAAUGCAACUUCUUUGGAUGGGGAUGCUGGCAAGGAAGAAGAAAUGCUACCUGAUGAUGGUGCCGAUGACAAGAACGAUUGUUCUCGAAUGCGUAAAAGGAAAGCAUCUGAUAAACCACCAAUAACGCUACCUUCUGCUAAAAAUGAAAGGAAAGUAACCCCUGAAGAAUCUUCUGUUAAUGCUCAGACAGAGGAACAUUCUGAGCAAAGAACUGAGGAAUUAGACGCAGCUGUUUCUAAGGCAGAGGCUGACGGCUCUGUGAAAGAGGCUGACGACUCUGUGAAAGAGGCUGACAGCUCUGCAAAAGAAGCUGAUAGUUCUGUUAAAAAAACUGAUGAUUCUGCAAAAGAUGCUGAUAGUUCUGUGAAAGAAGCUGGCAGUGAUGCCGAAGAGGGUAAUCUUCGGUCAUCUCGUCGACUUCGGGCAAGGAGAAAACAGAGUUACGCUCCUCCUCCUGCACCAGAAGCUGAGAAGAAAAAGAAAGGCAAGGAGUCGACGGUGAAUGGCAAUAGCGGCACUACUGAAAGUGAAGACGCUGCAGAUGCGAAACGAACUCGAUCUCGGAGGCGAACAGAGGCUGAGCUAGUGUGUACAGAUUUAAUCAUUCCCGAUGAUGAGAAGCGGACGCGGGGCAAGAAACGUCAAAACAGCCUCCUUGAGGACUUUGCCGGUGCGGAGGAGACACCUGAAGAAAUCGAGCCUAAAAAGGCCAAGAACUCCAAAAACUUUCGCAAAACUAGAACACGCUUGAAAGACGGAGACGAUAUGCUGAGUUCACAGUCAGACAGUGAUGAUAUGCCUUUGAGUAAAGUGACAAAAGGUCGCAAAAAUAUUUCCAGAGGCAAAGGACGCAACAAAAAUUCUCGGCAGCCAUUAACAGUCCUCGAAGAUUCAGCUUCUGCUUCUCCUACUAGAAAAAGCUCUCGCAACGUUAAGAAAAAAGACUACGAUGAUGGUGACUACGAGGCUUGUCUGACAGGACGGUACUCAACCAACGGGCGUGGCAAGCAAGGGCGAGGUGCCGUUGCAGUUUCAGUUAAGGGCAAGAAGCAGGGCAAGAAGCGCAGCAGCUCCGUCGAGUCUGACAAGUGGGUGUCGGACAAAACGGAGGAAGAAGAGGAAGAAGAAGAUGACGACGAGGAAGAGGAGCUGUUCGUUGGAGAACUGCUCCGUAGGAGUACUCGCGUACGCCGUCCGGUUGGUACCAAGAACAAGUUGCUCUGCCUUGGCACUUCCAGCGAUGAAUGCAAAUCGGAAGAGACCAAUGAAGAUGACACGAGUGACGAAGAGUUCCUGCUACCAAAGGGCAGAAAUGCUCGGAGAGCUGCGGCACGAUCAGGUGCUAAAGAAGCUGAAAAGGUAGAAGAUACCGAAAACGAUAAACCUUGUUCCAAAUGUCAGCAAUUUGACCGACCAGAAACGAUCCUGCUCUGCGACAAGUGUGAUGCUGGUUAUCACACUCUCUUUCUCUCCCCUCAAAAAAUGUUAUUAGAAAAACUGAUGACUAAUCUGCAAGAACUUGAUCUCCAGUUAAAGAAAAGGGAAAGAUUAAUGAAGAGAAAGGAAAGGCUGGCUUUUGUUGGUAUUAGCUUGGAUAAUAUUUUAUCUGAAAGAAAAGAAAAUAUGGAGCCUAAUGUAGAAUGUCAAGGCCAAUCAGUUUCUGGUACUCGAACAUGUCGCGCACGUCGAUCGAUCAACUACAAAUUUACUGAGUUUGACGAGCUUAUUGACAGCGCUAUCCAGGACGAUAUGAAAAACGCGAAAGAUGCUUCGGCUGCAGAAUGUAAUGAAGAUGAAGAGUCACAUAGUGGUAAAGACAUGUCGAACUUCAGCUCACGGGAAGCUCCUGUCAGCAAGGGCAAAGACAUGGACACUAUAAUGACAGUGUACAGUGAAAGCAAUGACCUUCGACCCCAAGGAAUCCAAGCCAAAAAGGAAGCUGGUCGUCGCCGAGGAAAGGACAUCUCUAAUCUCGUGGGUAAAGGAAGCGACAGCGACGAACAGUAUCCUGCACCUCGCAAAAGGCGGCCUAGGAGAAAGCUAACCACUCUAGACAGUGACAGUUAUGGCUCCGAUAGUGAAGAGUACAAAGCUUCCGAGGAAUCUGACCCUUCAGUUGAAGAUCUUGAUCUGAGUGAUUAUUCAGAUGAAGAGGAAGAUGACGACGACGAUGAUGAUGAAGACUAUGGUACCAGGCGUCGAUCGACUCGCUCAUCAACCAGACAGAAUACCCGUGCCAGUCAAAAGUCAUCAAGAAUUAACACACGGAGAAGCCGGCGACGUAACUUUGAUGACUUCGUGGUUGAUGAUGAUUAUGACUCUGAUGACAGUGGAAAUUACCGCAGGUCCACGAGAGCAUCGGUGAAGCGCAAAGUUAACUACCGCGAGAAAUUCAGCGACGAGGAGGAGGAAAUGACACCGUCUGAAGAAAGCGAAGCGAACAGCGAAGAUUUCUCUGACCUUGCAUCCGACGACAGCGUGAAACCAAACAAGAAGCUAAAACUGAAACUGGAGAAAAAGAAGCUCAAGAAGUCAAAGCGAGUGAUUCGCAAAAACUUCUCUGACGAUGACGACGACGAUAAAGCAGACGAUGGGAUAGACGACGAAGAAGACACUGGUGAUAGAGGCAGUCGGAAGAAGAAGAGGAAAAGCCAACAGCAGUUUUCAUCUUCUCAUGAUAACAGUGCUGAGAGCGAUGACGAGCUGAAGAGCAAGAAGAAAGCUGGUAGAAAGAGGCGUCUGGCUGUCAGUGACAGCGAUUCUUCUUCUUCAUCUUCUUCUUCGAGCACUCGGUCACAGAAUCGAGUCCGCCGCUCCCACCGCUCUUCAACGCUGAAAGUGAAUUUUAAGAAGCUGCUAGAUUCAGAUUCCGAAGAAGAUUCUGGAAACAUCGAGCGAAAAUACAUUCUCAGCAAACUUAAAAAGAACACCAUUGUGUCCGACUCCGAUUCCAUCGCAUCUGACGACAAAUCGAGUAUAAAGAAUGAUGAUGACGAUGAGGUCGGUGGUGGUGAGAAUAAGGAUAGCAGCAGUAACAGAAUGGACAUUGAUGAUAAUGUCGAUGGCGUUGGGGUGGAGACUAAAAAGGAGGGCAAGCCUGUCGGCAACAGUAAUGUGGAUGCAGUUAUCAAACCUGCAGCAGCAGAAACAACAGCAGUACCACCACCACCACCAACAACAACAACAGCAACAGCAAUGCUAACAACAACAACAGUUGCACCACCACCAUCAACAAAAAUAACUACAGAGACAUCACUACCGCCAACAGUAACACCAACAACUGUGGAAAAACCAGCACUUGCAGUAAAAGAAACAGCAGCAUCAGAGAAAACUGCAUUAGUUGCACCUGUAAAGAAAGUUGCACAAGCUCCAGAAAAAGAGGCAACUGCAGCACCUGAAAAAUCUCAUGCAGCGAUACCUGAAAAAGCUGCUGCAGCAAUACCUGCAGAAAAAGCUGCUACUGUACCAGAAAAAACUGAUACAGCAGCAUCAGUGAAAACUGAUACAGAAGCACUUGUGAAAACAGCUACUACAAAAACUGAUACAGCAGCAUCAGAAAAAACUGCUUCAGUAGCACCUGCGAAAACUGAUAUGGCAGCAGAAUCAGCAAAAACAGCUCCAGUGGCACUGAUAAAGACUGAUACAACAGCAUCAGUAAAAACAGAUACUUCUGUGUCAGUAAAAGCUGAUACUGCACCCUCAUCAAAAUCUGCGAAGGCAGCACCAAUAAAAACUGCUUCAGGAACACCGGGAAAAACUGCUUGUGCAGCACCAGAAAAUACAGAUGCAGUAAUACCUGCAAAAAUUGCUAAAACAUCUCUUGCAGAAAAUGAUUCAGCUACACCGGCAAAAGCUGCAAAAUUAGCACCUGCAAAAGCAUCUGCGGCGUCACCUGUAAAAGCCGCUGGAUCAACCCCUGGGAAAACUGAUACUGCAGCUCCAGUAAAAUCUGAUACUGCCACACCUACCAAAAUCGACACAGCAGCAAAAACUGCUUCAGCGCCAUCUACAAAGUCAUCUGCAGCCACUCCUGCAAAAACACCAACUGCUACCAAUGCAAAAUCAACUGCAGACACACCUUCCAAAUCAGUUGCAGACACACCUGCAAAAUCAGCUGUAGCUACGCCUGCAAAGUCAGCUGUAACUACUCCUGCAAAAGCAGCUGCAGAUUCACCUGCAAAGGAAUCUGCAGACUCAUCUGCAAAAACGGUUGUUGCCAUGCCUGCAAAAACAGUUUCAGAUUUGCCUGUGAAAACAGUUACAGAUUCAACUGCGAAAAAAGCUGCAAGAACGCCUGCAGAUUCGCCUGCAAAAACAGCUGCAGCUAUACCUGCAAAAAUAGGUGCAACCACACCUGCAAAAACAGCUUCAGACUCCCCUGCAAAAACAGGUGCAACCACACCUGCAAAAACAGCUUCAGACUCACCUGCAAAAACAGGAGCAACCACACCUGCAAAAACAGCUUCAGACUCACCUGCAAAAACAGGUGCAACCACACCUGCAAAAACAGCUUCAGACUCACCUGCAAAGACAGUUGCAGACUCACCUGCAAAAACAUCUGUAUCUACACCUGCAAAGACAGCUGCAGAUUCUUCUGCAAAAACUGCAAUUUUUCCUGCAAAAACUGCUGUCUUUCCUGCAAAAAGUGCAGUCUUUCCUGCAAAAAGUGCAGUCUUUCCCGCAAAAAGUGUAGUCUUUCCCGCAAAAAGUGCAGUUUUUCCUGCAAAAACAGCUGCUUCGGCAUCUUCAAAAACAGCUUUAGGGUCACCUGCAAAAUCAGCUGUAGCCACACCUGCAAAGACAACUGCAGAUUCAUCUGCGAAAACAGUUUCAUCCACAUCUGCAAAGACAACUGCAGAUUCAUCUGCAAAAACAGCUGCAUCUACACCUGCAAAGACAUCUGCAGAUUCAUCCUCUAAAACAGCUGCAUCUACACCUGCAAAGACAUCUGCAGAUUCAUCUGCAAAAACAGGUGCAACCACAUCUGCGGAUUCAUCUGCAAAAACAGGUGCAGCCACAUCUGCAAAGUCAUCUGCAGAUUCAUCUACAAAAUCAGGUGCAGCCACAUCUGCAAAGACAUCUGCAAAAACAGGUGCAGCCACAUCUGCAAAGUCAUCUGCAGAUUCAUCUACAAAAACAGGUGCAGCCACAUCUGCAAAGACAUCUGCAGAUUCAUCUGCAAAAACAGGUGCAGCCACAUCUGCAAAGACAUCUGCAGAUUCAUCUACAAAAACAGGUGCAGCCACAUCUGCAAAGUCAUCUGCAGAUUCGUCUACAAAAACAGGUGCAGCCACAUCUUCAAAGACAUCUUCAAAAACAGGUGCAGCCACAUCUGCAAAGUCAUCUGCAGAUUCAUCUGCAAAGACAGGUGCAACCACACCUGCUAAAACAGCUUCAGACUCAUCUGCAAAAAAACCUGCAGCCACACCUGCAAAGACUACUGCAGAUUCAUCUGCAAAAACAGGCACACCUGCAAAGACAGCUGCAGAUUCAUCUGCAAAAACAGCUACAACCACACCUUCGAAAACAGGUGCAGCCACUCCUACAAAAACAGCUGUAUCAGUAAAAAAUACUUCAGCAACCUCUGAAAAAACUGCUGCAGGGGCAACAACAGCCAAAUCCUCAGGAUCAGAAAGAACACCUGCAGCAUCCUCAUCAAAAACAGCUUCUUCAUCAACACCAGCGAAGAAAACACCGACAGAAGGGACCAAAGCUGCCACAACUGUAUCGGCAACAGCAACAACUGCAACAUCGGCAUCAGUACCAAGAAAAACAAGUGCAACAACGGCAUCGGCAACAACAACAACAACAACAAAAACAGCAGCUGUAGCAUCGUCAUCAACAACUAAGGAUUCAGCAGCAAAAACUCCAGUAACAACAAGUUCCUCUACUCCCGCCAAUACUAAGAGCACGAGCAGCAGCAGCUCGACUAGCAGUAGCAGUACUGCGUCCAAGAACAGCUCCAACAUCACUACCAAUGUAACAUCUACGACGACGACCACCACCACCAGCAGUAGCACACCCUCUACCAACUCCACCUCAGUCACCUCGAAUACAACAAGCACAUCGUCCAGCGAAACAACAGUUUCAAAUACAGAGGUCCGACAGAGCGACAGCAGCAGCGGCAGCGGCAGUAGUAGUAGUAGUAGCAGCAGCAGCAGCAACAGCUGCAGCAGCACGGUGAACAGUAGUUCGUUUAGCCAAAUGAACGGUCACGACAAUCAGAAGGCUGGCCAAAAGGACAGGCUUUUGGAAAAAGCGGAAACUCGGACUAUUCCUGUCGACCAGCAACAGCAGCGAGACGAUAGCUUAGGCAAUGAGCAAAUAAGUGGUCAAGAUGACCCGUCGUUACACGUGGUGGGCAGCUCUACCAGCCGGUCUGGACCUCAGGUAGCCAACGUUUUAAAACCCUAAAGCUUUCAUCUGUUCUAUCACCAAUCACCAUCACCUUGCUACGCUGCCGUCUGUCUAAAUUCCUACGACUGGUUUCCUGGUUAUUGUAUUAUUUUAAAAGACAUUUUUUUUUUUUACCGUCUGUCUGUCUGUCUCUCUCUCUCUCUCUCUCUCUCUUCUGUAAUAUCUGAUAGACUCUUUUAUUUUAUUUUAUUUAUAUUUUUUUUUUCCUUUAAAAAAAAAGAACAACAAAACAAAACAAAACCAACAACAAUCUCUGGUUCUCUCAUUCUCCUUCUUACCCGUGUCCCCUUUCUCAAUCUCUUAUUCUUUCUCCCUUCCUCUCGAUUUUUUUUUUUUUAAUUCCAUUUGUUUCUCUCUCUCUUUAUUGUCCACCACUACCACCACAACCACCACUAUCACCACCACCACCAGCUGUCUGACUGUAAAACUCCCCCUCCCCCCAGCCCACUUCCGAACCAUUUUAUUUUAUUAUUUUUUUUUUUGUUUUUCAAAAAAACAUGACUGGGUAAUAUAGUUUAAUCGAAUGUGGAUCUGCUGUUCUGUUUUGUGUCUAGAGCCAUACCAGCAUAACAUAAACAUCCGUAAACAUACCAACAUACAUACAUACCUACAUACAUAGACCCAACUCCUUGAUCCUUUUUUUUUUUUUUGUUAUUGAUCAAUCAUAUCAACCAAUUAUCAAAUUAAUGUUUAACUGAAAAGAAAAAAAAUAAUAAUAAAUAAAUCUAUGUAAUUAUUUAAAUAAACAAACGAAGUCCCAGAUUUGAUCCGUUAAAUCCUU